AUGAUCUUCACACCCGAGCAGGUGGCUUGUGUGUGCGAGGUCCUUCUGCAGAGCGGUUGCAUGGAUCGUCUCGCUGGCUUCCUCCGGACUCUUCCUUCCCUCACCGCUUCCUCCUCCUGCCCUGGGGAGCUGGAGAGUGUGCUGAAGGCUAAAGCCGCAGUGGCCUUUCACCAGGGGUGCUUCACUGACCUCUACACCCUGCUGGAAGGCUUCCCCUUCUCGUCUCGCAGCCACCCGCUCCUGCAGCAGCUCUGGCUCCGAGCCCACUACAUGGAGGCCGAGAAGCAGAGGGGCAGACCUCUGGGUGCUGUGGGGAAGUAUCGAGUCAGGCGAAAGUUCCCUUUACCACACACCAUCUGGGACGGAGAAGAGACCAGCUACUGUUUCAAGGAAAAAUCGCGGAGUUUACUUCGGGAGUGGUACCGCCAUAAACCUUAUCCCUCCAACCGGGAGAGGAGGGAGCUGGCAGCGGCCACCGACCUGACCACCACUCAGGUCAGCAACUGGUUCAAAAACCGCAGGCAGAGGGACCGAAACACGGAAUCUAGCAGUUUUCAAAGUACUGGCUCUAGAGGAACUUCAGGGGACAUCUAUGCUUCCUCUAACAAUGACCUUUCACCUGCAGGCAGCCCAAAUCUCCAACACCGCUGCCCUCCACCUCUCUGUCACCCACCACCUUUUCUAUGA